AUUAAAAAAACCAAGUAAGGGAUCAAGCAAAGAAAGAAAGAAAGAAAGCGUGAGAGGUCUAAAUCACCAUCACACAGUACGGGAAAUUAUAAGACAGAAAUAUGGAAUUUCAGUCCCCACGUCACUCAGCUCGUCGCACUGUAAAAAAUUCUUCGAAGUUAAAAAGUGAAUAUCCUCACUCUAUUCAACUGUAUUCCGUACCACCCAGUGAAACCAUCGGAUUGCAGGAGCUUGAAGACUGGGCUGUGGAACGUCUGAAAGUUCUUAGGGCCAUUGAGCGAGUCAAUUUGAGUAAAAAUGCCAAGUUCUCUGAUGAAUGGAAGACAGCAUUGAAAAAUGAUUUGCAGAAACAAAAUUUAAACAGCUGCUAUCAACUUAGCUCAAGCAUCAAAGACGAUAAAAUGGAUGAAAUCAUUUACAAAGCAAGGCAGAAAGACCAUAUAUCUCACUUUUUGCUAAGGCUUGCAUAUUGCAGAACUGAAGAGUCCAGGAGAUGGUUCAUCUCUCAAGAAACUGAUCUAUUCAGAUUUAGAUUUUCAAUGGAAAAUUCUGAUGAUAUUAGGAAUUUCAUGAAAGAAAACAAAAUGAAUUUUCAACCAAUCCCAGAGGAAGAAAAAAAGAAGAUUCUAACUAAGCUUAUUCAUGCAAUGCCUUUUAAUGCCAGCAAGAUUGACAUGGUUGAAUACUACAAGGUUCCAUUCACAGACGCUUUAGACUUAGUUCGCCAUCGUAAAGUAUACUUGCAAGCUGGAUAUGCUUACGUCCCGAAUGAUGAACUGGUUUCAAUAAUCACCGCCAUGUUCCGCACCCAUUUAUCACUAGCAAUGGCGCUUACAAUCCGCUCGCUACCAGAGCUUGAAGAUGAUCAUCGGAUCCGUCGCCUUCUGAAUGACUUUGAUAAACGAUACACUGGGCAGGACUUUAACGCGAUGCAGAAUAAAUCUUCUGGGGCUGCUAUAACACCUGACAUGUUAGAUGGGUUGUCCAAACAGUCUUACCCGCUUUGCAUGCGCCAUUUACACGAAACCUUACGUUCUACUCAUCAUUUGAAACACGGCGGUCGCAUCCAGUACGGUCUUUUUAUAAAAGGAAUCGGACUUAGUUUGGAACAUUCAUUGAAAUUUUGGAGAGAAGAAUUUUCCAAAAACAUGGAUAUUGACAAGUUUGAAAAACAAUACGCGUACACUAUCCGCCAUAAUUACGGCAAGGAAGGAAAGAGAGUUAACUAUUCACCUCACAGUUGUAUCAAAAUUAUUAACGCCAGCGUAGGACCGGGCGAGAAUCACGGCUGUCCAUUUAAACACUUCGAUCCUGCGUUGCUGCGGCAAAAAAUGGCAACCAAUCGUGUUCCCCAGCCAGCCAUUCAAGAAAUAAUUGAUCUAGUGACACGCCACCACUACCAAAUUGCUUGCCAGCGAUACUUUGAAGCGACGCACAACACGGAAGUGGACACCGGUAUUCAACACCCUAACCAGUACUUUAUCGAAAGUCAGAAAAUUCUCAACGGCGAGGUGAAGGAAAAACCUAAAGGAGCCCACAAGGUACAAACUAUUCGCGCAACUCUUCCUGCCAAAGCAGAGAAACCAGACAUAACUAACGAGAAUGAGAUUCUGAGCGAGUCUGUUUUAGCAGCCAUCGAUAUGGACGAUGAUUUCACCUAAUUUAGUUUAAAUUAUUAAAUCAAAUUAGGUGAAGUUGUUGUGAGUCGAUAAUUUGUACCUAUAACAAAA